AUGGGUCAGCGGAACAAAGUCUUAGAGACUGACACUCCCACUGCAAAAUUCCUAUACACAAUCAUCAAGCAAUUAGAUCUGAAGUCGGUCGAUUGGAAUCGGGUCGCCUCCGAUGUCGAAGUCUCUAAUGGUCACGCUGCUCGUAUGCGGUAUUCUCGCUUCCGACAACAGAUGGAAGGAAACACAGGGGCAAGCAAACCAAAGCGAAAGGCCAAGAAGGGGAAGACCAUGGAGCCACCUACUGAGAUGCAAGGCAUAUUCCCAAUGGCUCCGCCAUUCAUGAUGCCUAUCAUGGAAUCGACUGAUUCUUCUCUUCCGGGCAAUCCCUUUGUCAAGUGCGAGCCGGGCACUCAAGGCAAUACAAAUCUACAGAGCCUCCUGCAGAACUCCCCACAGAUGAUGUUGGAAGCUAGCACCAAAGGACAAUAUUACCUUCCUCAAGAUUUUACCUCGAUGCAAUUCCAGCUGGCAUCAAGCAUACCAUCUGGGAUAUCAUCACCCAGUCCAACAAUAUCAUCGUCCUUCAUGAUUCCAUACCAGUUCCCAACUGCGCCAGCCAGUUAUCCUUAUUCAUCGCCCAGCAUUCAAUCCAGCUUUGACUUGCAGGAGUUUGAACAAAUGAAUUCUUUCACCAAUUAUGCCCCAACCAUCACCUGGGAACCACGCCAUCCAUCUCGCCAGGAAGGCCCGGCUGUAAAAAUCAAAGAAGAACAGCAAACCGAGGAGAGAAUACAGAGCAUAGGGAACCAGGAGGACCAACCUGUUGUUGUCAAAGUUGAAAAUAUUCAAGAUUGA